GUGACUCGGGGAAGAUGGCCGCGCUGACGGCGGAGGUCUUUGCAGCUCUCCAGAGCCUGCUGAAGGCCUCCUCGAAAGAUGUUGUCAGACAGCUGUGCCAAGAGAGCUUUUCCAGUUCAGCCCUUGGCUCGAAAAAGCUCUUGGAUGUUACGUGUUCCAGCUUGUCUGUGACCCAGGAGGAGGCAGAACAAGGCUCCCCGUCUGUCCUGCAGCUGCUCCAGGCUCUGCACCGCCUCACCAGGCUAGUGGUGUUCCGUGACCUGUCCUCCGCCGAGGCGAUUCUGGCACUCUUUCCUGAAAAUUUCCACCAAAACCUCAAAAACCUGCUGACAAAAAUCAUCCUAGAACACGUAUCUACUUGGAGAGCUGAAGCCCAAACAAAUCAGAAGGCUUGCUGUGUGGAUCACACGCAUACCCACGUGCAGCCCUUGGAGCUGCCUGUCGUCGAGGAAAGGCUUAGUAACGCAGGUGGCGUGAGCACUGAGCCGAGCUGUCCCCACACAGUCUCUCUGCCGCGCCUGGUCGACCUGGACUGGAGGGUGGACAUCAAAACCUCCUCAGACAGCAUCAGCCGCAUGGCCGUCCCUACCUGCCUGCUCCAGAUGAAGAUCCAGGAAGAUCCCAGUCUGUGUGGGGAGCAGCCCUCCGUGUCAGCUGUCACUGUGGAGCUGAGUAAGGAGACCCUGGACACGAUGUUAGACGGGCUGGGCCGCAUCCGGGACCAGCUCUCCGCUGUGGCCAGCAAGUGACGCGGCCAGCCGGCCCCCAGCACACGCCGUCCUCGCAGCAGGCAGCGGUGGGGACAUGGGGGCUGCUAUCCAGAAGGCGCGGUUGGACCAGGCAGAAGCAGCCAGGCCCCGGCGCUGCUUUUUCCUCUUUCCAGAGAUGGAGCAGAAGCUGCUGAUCUCGCGAGGCUCCUGUGUGGGACUUAAUGACCCUGUGGCAGCAGGAGGGAGCGUUUGCUUGGUCAGCCGCCUCCGUCUGGCUGAUUGGAAAAUUCAGGCCCAAAGUGUGGUGCUCGUCUUAAUAAGUUCCUUUCGCUCUGAUGAGCUCAUUUCCAGCUCUGGAAUGCACGCAGGGAGUCAGGUGGGUGACACCAGCAGUUCUGCUUCUCUGUCAGAGAAGCCAGGCGGAUCCCACAGGGCAGGGCCCCCUCUGCGUGCCUGCCUGCCCUGAGCCCAGAGCCUGCCCGAGCUCCCUCAGCCCUGCUGGACCACCUGGCAGCGAAGGAAGUCUGAAAUGGGAACUCAUUUCCUUCUCAUUGGAGCCAGAGGCCCCUUCCUUGAUGUAAUGCAGCCACUCAGGGUGAAGAAGUAGGAGUGAUUGGAAAUAAAUAACAGUUCUAAAAACUUCAUGAUUCCGGUCACGCUUCUGUAGCUUCUGUCCUUAGCCCGAGUCGUUUCCUUAGGCCCGUGCUGCCUCUCGUUUGUAAAGGCGACCCCAGCUUCCUCGUUCCUAGCUCAGCUCAUCAGCACGGGAUGACCUGAAACCGGGCCUGUGAACCGGCCCACCUUCCAUGUAUCCGUCCGUCACGUAGAGCAAAAGCAAGCACUGCUGACAUCAGCAGGUGCUUGUCGCGAGAGCUGUGAUGAAAGCGCUCUUCGAGGAGUUUAACCAGACGGAACCGUCUGUCACGGGCCUGACAAGUCCCAGGGGCUCAGUGUAAGGUGUUCCCCCUUCCUCCUCCAGAUCACCCAGUGGCAAGAGCCUGCCUGCUCUGAGCGCAUUGUUUGGCGGCUUCUCAG